ACGAAAUAAGUCUUAAGAAACUUUAGGAAAUUAUUACUUUCCUAAAAGGAAGCAAAAUUCCAAAGCAUUUACUUAAGUAUGAGCCAGAUACCCCAGUGGUGUCACAAGACAGCAGAGCUCGACUAAGAUAUCCAUCUAAUGAUCAUUAUGAACACUUCGGAAAAGAAUGACAAUGAUAACGAUUCCUUGGACGACGCGCAGGAUCAGGAAGUCCGCCAAACACUAAAUUCGAUCGAAAGCGUGGACGAUGUCUGCAAAACCUACAAGUCAAAAAGUGUCCAAGAAUUAAGCGCUCAAAAGACAAGUGAGCUUCCCAAGUCCGACCAGGAAAAGGUUCACACGUCAUCUUCAAAAAACAAUUCCUCACAAAAGCCGGAAAAACCCACUUCUGAGGCAGAUCCAGACAGCGAAUACACACGCUUUCUGAAGCAGAUGAGCGUUCGUUACUCAGAGUUCCGCAUUGCCUCGGGUCAAGUAGUGCAGCAAAGAGGUCAGACAAUGGACUUACGGGACUACAACUAUAGCGAGUAUCCAGUGUGCCACCCCUCCUGUAGCUGGCAAUCCUCUGACCCAAUGCCGCAGGACUCGAUAUCCAGAGGUAUUUCUGGUCAAAGAGAGAUGGAAUCUUCAGCUUGUUCGCCGGCGCAGAUGUCCCAGAACUUUAACCAAUACGGCUAUGGCCAAUCUCUGCCGGAAGCCGGCUCAAGAUCGGAUGAGACAAUUGUGAAUGAUCCCAGUACUUCCAGUUCAGCUGCCUAUGAGGGUCCUUGCUGCUCCAAUGAGGCCUGUGGCCGUUGCUGCCAUAUGGAAACUGGCCAGCAAUCUGGAUGCCCCCAAUGUUAUCAGGCUAAUCCUGGCCAGCAGGAGCAGAUUAUUCCUGUGCCAAUGGGUGUAGAUCCAAGUACUGGCUUUCCCAUCUACUGCUACUCGACUCCACUAAAUUAUCCAGGCAAUGCCAUGUACUCCAUGCCAGUGAUGCCAAUGGAUGAAAGUCAAAGGGGAGGCGCUGGCCAGAACAAUCGGCAAACUGGGCGGAAAUCUCAAACUUUUUCCGAAGCUUCAGCGGAAAAUUGUCACUCAAACGUGGAUAGUGCUUCAUUCAAUCAGAGUUCCAGCAACUUGGACACGGAGGCCUUUAUGCAAAAGUACCAGAGGAGUGUUCAGCAGUGCUACGCCACUGCACAACAAGGAAUUCAACAAUCAUUUGCUGAUGCUCAAACUCAGCCGUGUUUCAAUAACUUCGGGCAGGCAACUCAACAGUUUGGCAGCAAUGGUACUCAGGGUGCGCAUGCAAUGUUUGCCAGCUCCAAUCAGGAUUAUCAAGGCAUGCAACAGGCUUUCAGUGCUUCUUUCGGUGCUCAACAAUAUUAUAACCAUGAUUAUCUAGGUGCUCAACCAUUCCUUUCACCAACGAUGGCCAUGCCAACUUCUAACUGGUUUGCCGGCAACACCGGAUACAUGAACGACUCUCUGCAGACCCAAACAGUAUACUCCGCAGACUACAAACCAUUUUCGAGCCAUGGCAACCACUUUAACCACUUCCCCAAUGGCAUGGACAUGGGUUUGGCCCCCGAACCCUGUAACAUCUACGGUCCAGCUGGAUCCCCUGGCCUGGUUGAGAUGGGCAACGGCGGUCAAGUCUAUGGCAUGGGUGGUGCCUGUGGAAUGAAUAUGAACGCAUAUCCUCUCACUCAAAUGAGCUAUUCAAGUCCCUAUUCGUACGAUAUGACUGGUGCCACACCGAACUACAUUCCCGCACCAGGCAUCCCUAUGGCUGCGCCUCAAAUGCAAACUGGUCAUGUGGGCAGUGGAAAUCCAGGGCUGAAUAGGAACGAAAUCCGUACGUGAGCUGGAAAUGCUACAAAAAUUGUUGAUUAUACUCUUAAACUCCUAACAAUAAAACCACCAAAAAUGCAGUGCA